AUGACCACUGUGACGUCUUCUUCGAACGGUACUAAUAAAUUGUGGUAUUGCACAAACGAACGUCUUCGACGUGAAUUCUUUCACACGAGUGCCUCUAUAUCACCUAUUCAACUACAUCCCGAGGAAUCCGAUAACUCACAAGAAUCGAUCACCUCCGAAGAAAAGACAAAGUUACGAAAUGAGGAACUUGACAACAGAGUACACCAUCAAUCGGAUAAAGAAGUCGUUUUGGAUGAGAUUGAUAAUGUUAUUAUUAUCAAUAAUUCUAGCACUAUUAAUUCUGGCAGUAUUAUAUUACCAUUAAAAAAUUUAAAAAUCGAUUUUCAAGAUGAUCAACAUGAUGAUAGAAGUAAUGAUCAAUUAAAUGAUAUACAAGAAGCUAACGAUGGAGAGGAAAAUGAAUCAGAUGAUGAGGAACAAAAAGAUUUGGAAGAAAAAAAUUAUGUAAAAAAACGAAAAUCCAAUUCUCGUAAUAGAUCUUGUGUGAAGUCCAAGUCUGCCAAAUAUAUUCUUGAAGAGAAUGAAGUGGAAGUGGAAGAGGAAAAAAAAUAUGCAAAUAAACGAAAAUUUAAUUCUCACAAUAAUUCUCAAUCUAAAACUCAAGCAUUUAAAAAAAUUACAAGGAGUUCAACAAAGGCGACAAAAAGAUUCAUUAUUCAACCUAGUAGACCUUCUAGGAAAUCAACACGUAAAUCAAAAGACACAUUAAAUGGUAAAGAAUCAUCAGGGCAAGAUUUUAAAGGAAGAGAUAUCAUUGUUCCGAAUGAUGAACUGGAUGAGAGUAUGGAUUUUAAUUGUGAUCUCGAUCAAUUGUUACUUGAAGGCAAUUUCCUUGUAAAAUAUUUUGAGGAUAUGACAUAUUCUGUGGUAGAAUGCAAAGGAUUAAAACACUUCAAAUUGGAUAAUGAACCCUACUUGACUUUUGUAAAAAAAGCAGGAUUCCUUGAGCAUAUUGGAGUCUUUAGAGCUCUCAAAUGUAUACAAAAUAAUGGAGAACCAUUUAAAGGUUUCAAAUGGGAUUAUUGGAAAAAUCCACUAGGAAGAUCAAAAGAUAAUGAACAGUCAGAGACUAAUCACAGAAUUACUACCAUUACUACAAGUAACAGGUCAAUAAGUAGAUCAUUUGCAGCAUCCAAAACAGCUACUAGAAGAUAUAUAAACAAAGAUAGCACACAGAUUAAAGUUUUUUCAGAUAUUCCACCUCUAUCAUCAUCAAUUCGAUCAAAUAAAAAAAAAGCAAACUUUAACAACAGUGGUCACAAUCUCCACUCAUCAAAAUCAAGACUCUCUACAAGAUCAUCAAGUUUACACCAUUCUAACAAUAAAAACAAAGAAUCAUCACGCACUUUUUCAAAUAAUAAAGGCAAACAUAUUUUCUCAAAACCAUCGUCAUCAUCUUCAUCAUAUUCUGUAAAUACUAAUAAAUCAAAUAAUAAUAAAGAAAGACAUAGUAAUAUUUCACUAUAUUCUGAAUCUGAAAAGGCUACUAGUAUUCGUCACAAAUCCAGCAAUUCUAGCGCACCAAAAUCUCAUAAAUUGCGAUAUGUUUCGGAAAUUGAUUUGAUGGAUGAAGAUACUAAAACUGAAACAUAUUCUGAUGUUACAAUUGAAGACCAAAAUCACCAUUAUCAUCAUUACUCAACAAGUAUAUUAACUCCACAAAUACCUAUUGAAAAUUUGAGUGAAAAGGCACGAAUAAAUAUUGCUAGGUUCAAUUUUAAAGAUCCAGGUCUUGAUAAAGAAUCCAAAGAAAAACUUUAUGAAGAGGCUGAAGAUGAAUUAAGAUCGUUAUCGAAAGAAUAUCGUAGACUUAUGAAGGAGUUGAAAAAGUUAGAGAAAGAAUUAUUCACCAAAAAAAUUCAAAAAUCACAUAAUAUUAAUGACGAGAAUGAAGGUGAUGAUGAAGAGAGUUAUACUAAUGAAAGAGUUGAAUAA